AUGUGUUGCUCAUCAGGAAAAGUACAACUAACCGAUAUUGAAACACCACCUGAGCCAUUGCACGGUUUACUUAUUGGUACUGAUCCAGAUUCUAGUCUAUUCCUGAAGUCAAUUCGCACAUUCAAUUCAUGUUUCCAAAUGACAUCGUUUGGAGCGACAGAAAUAGUUAGCUAUGUUGCAACAAACGGUCAACAAUUUAAUUCCACGUUUACAAUCAAAGGCCAAGUUUAUCACAAAGUGGGCUCGUUGCUGCCAAUGCCAAACGAAUCUCAUAAAUUUUUACAAAUAUACUUUAUGGGUGGCGAGGACUCCGAACGUGCACUCGCCAAUCGAGUGGAUGCACGUUGCGACUUCCAUAAUCUUAAUUCACCUUUUGCCAGGCGUAUCGUCAGUGAGCUAGACACUCUGUUAAAUGAGCACAAUGAAUUAUUAAAAUUUUUCAAAGCACUCAUGCACAAGCUACUAAGUGACAAUCACGCUAUUGUCAUCAAUCCUGAUAGAACACCAGCUGGAGAGCAUGUACGUAGAUUCAACGCACCUGUUGUUGAAGACGUUGCUGGAAUCAUGGUUGGCGACCGUACAGCUACGCGACAAAUCGUGAUUCGAAGAAGAAAUAAUGAUCUUCAGUUCAUCAGUGAUACCCAUCGUUCAUAUGACGCUCUCCAAUAUCCACUAAUUUUCUGGAAGGGACAAGAUGGAUAUUGUGUAAACAUUAAACAACGAGAUCCCGUAACAGGAGCUGAAACAAAUAAGAACGUUAGCUCAAAGGAUUUUUAUUCAUAUCGUUUGAUGAUUAGACGCGGCCGAGACAACAUCAUUUUACGAUGUCGUGAGCUUUGCCAACAAUUUGUGGUCGACAUGUAUGUGAAGAUAGAGAGUGAACGACUAAGAUACUUGCGAUAUAAUCAACAGAAGCUGCGUGCGGAAGAGUAUAUUCACUUGCGAGAUGCUAUUGCAAAUAACGCUGACACUGCCGAAAUUGGUAACUCUGUUAUCUUACCAUCAUCGUACAUAGGUAGUCAACGUCACAUACAAGAAUACAUACAGGAUGCUAUGACUUUCGUGCGUGAAUAUGGACGACCGUGUCUUUUUAUUACUUUUACAUGUAAUCCAAAAUGGCCGGAAAUUACAUCGUUGCUAUUACCAGGACAACAUGCAAUACAUCGUCAUGACAUUACAGCACGUGUGUUUAAACAAAAAUUAAAGUCUUUCAUCAACUUUAUUACCAAAUUGCAUGUAUUUGACCCCACACGUUGUUGGAUGUAUUCAGUUGAGUGGCAAAAGCGUGGAUUACCUCAUGCUCACAUUUUAAUUUGGUUGGUCGACAAAAUACGUGCUGAUGACAUCGAUAGUUUGAUUUCUGCAGAGAUUCCAGAUCCGUCUACUGAUCAAUUACUAUUUGAUAUUGUUACUACAAACAUGAUUCAUGGUCCGUGCGGAAAUCUGAAUCCUUCAUCACCUUGCAUGGUGGACGGAAAAUGUACAAAGCGUUUUCCUAAAGAUUUUACUAACGAUACGGUCACACAUGUUGACGGAUAUCCAAUAUAUCGUCGAAGAAGUACCGAAAAUGGCGGACCAUCUUUCGUUAAAACUAUCAACAAGGCAUACAUCGACAUUGAUAAUCGUUGGGUGGUACCAUAUUCACCUUUGCUGAGCAAAACAUUCGAUGCUCAUAUUAAUGUUGAGUUAUGCAGUUCGGUGAAGAGUAUCAUGUAUAUUUGCAAGUAUAUGCAUAAAGGAAGUGAUAUGGCUGUAUUUAGGGUUGAAAAUACUAAUGUUCAUUCUCCUCCAGUGAAUGAAAAUGAUGAAAUUACGAUUUACCAAAUUGGCAGGUAUAUCAGUUCCAAUGAAGCUGUCUGGCGCAUUUUCGGUUUCCCAAUUCAUGAACGGGAUCCAGCAGUUAUCCAUUUAGCUGUCCAUCUUGAAAACGGCCAGCGCGUAUAUUUCACCAACGAUACAGCGCUUGAUCGUGCUAUAAAUCCACAAAAAACUACGCUCACCGAAUUUUUUGAACUGUGCAAUCGUGAGGAUGCUUUUGGUGCCUUCGCACAAACACUGCACUAUUCUGAAGUUCCACGGUAUUUUACAUGGACUCAGUCGAAACAAUGA